AUGGCAGGAUUAGAAAGAAUGAACAGAAUCGAACGAAUGAUCGAACAUUCGCGCGAACAUGCAUUGAAACGUUACUCGAAAACCUGUCCAACUUUUUAUCACAUUUGCUAUGAUCCUCUUGGUACUCACACAAAAUCACGUACUUUCUUAGGAUUUCUAAUGGGCUUUAUUCUCGGUUUGAUUUUUUAUCGAACCAUAAUCUUUCAAUUACGAUUCGAUCGUUAUACAACUGUCUAUCUUGGAAGUAUUAUUAUCGUUAUAUUAUCUAUCGGUUGUGCCACUUCUAUUCAGAUAAGAUGCAUUUGCAUUUUGACGUUCCCUGCAUUUUUUGGGCGAGCAGGCCGUACUCUUUUGAGAGCACUUGUCCUCGGAUAUAUUAUCGCUGGACCUAUUUUUAAUUUGACAUACAAUGCGAAAGAAGUGAUAAGGAGUUUUGCUUGUACAGCUAAAUUGACGCAUAAUUUGACGAAGACGCGAGCCGAUCUGAUGUUCGAGCCCUUUCAUCAAGCCAUUUUAGAGAUGAGAGGGAACGCCGGUGAGUUAAAGGAUGCUUUAUCAUCGGUGAGAGAUCUGAUGAGUCCGAUAGUCGAAGAGAUCGAAGGGGAGGAAGAGAUGAUGAGAUUGAAAGAAGAGAAUGAUUACCUCGACGAAAUUCAAGGGGAUUCCAAGAGGAGCGAGGAGAUCGAAGAGAAGCGAAAAAAGGAGAUGGAAGAAGCUAAAUCGGAAUCCGAAUUUUACUCGGCUAAAUAUAAGAUGAAAGUGGAGUCUCGUUGCGAGGAACAACUCAGUCGCGGUGCUGAAAGAUGUAGAGACAUGUUUGCUGACGCUUACGAUAAAUGUUAUUACAAGGUUACCGUUUUUGCCGCCUGGUUAUUAUGCUGGCCGAUGAAACUGACGUUCGUUUGCAAUCUUGUUCAAGCGUUAGGCGGAGCUAACAUUUGCGAUCCCGAUGGAAAAGUUGAUACCGGUGUUGGUGACGGUUACGUUGCAUUAAAAAAUACUCGAAAUAAAUUUGGCAAAAGUAUAAAGGAUGCCAAAAUUCAAUACAAAUUAAAUAUCGCUCCACCGAUAUUGGAUAUUCACGAUGCUACGAGUGCUGCGAAAGCCAUGAUGCACGAUUUCAAUGCAAGAAAGAAAUUGUUCGAAUCGGUGAUGACAUUUGCUAAAAGAUGCUUAUCUUUAAUAUUUCUCAGUAUUAUUUUGAACGCUCAAAAGUAUCACGACAGAUAUUUGACCGAUAUCGAGUUCGAUAACAUUUACGUGACACGUUAUUUUCGAAAGAUCGAUGCUAGAAGGAAAGCACGAGGCAGUGCUACCUUGUUGCCUUUGAAGAAGCUUGAGAGAUUGAAAUUUGUCUAUCCUUACGGUUUAAAGACUAGCAAAGUUGAAAGCCGACACAUUGUAGGCGAAACGGCUAAGCUUUUUCUGGAAAUAAUUUUGGCUACGAGUUUCGUACUGAUAGACAGAUUAUUCUUCGAAGCACUCGAUUUGAUUCGACGUCAUUCGCGAUUGGAAUACACUCAGGCUGGUCACCACGAUUUGAGUUUGAAGAUCCAAGGUACUGGUGUAAUAGCAUCUCUGGUCAGACAUUUGAUUCAUGGUUUCAACGUGAAGAAACAUACGAAGACUGUGAUUUCUAACGAAGCGUGUUUACCAAGACCAACCGAAUUACCAAAUAACAUAGUCCUUCGGAUUUACGCUAUCUUUCUAGCUAUUUUCAUUUUAAUUUAUACAUCUGCUUAUACACAAAGAAUGCGUUUCUUCGUCUGCUCGUUUUUUUAUCAAAAACGCCAGAAACGCCGAAUACUUUAUCUAUAUAACGAAAGUUUACGACGAAGGCUUGGCUAUGUGGCAUUUACAAAAGCGAAAAUCGAGUCAUUGGCAAGAACGCAUAAUUUGGAAAUACAAAUAUCUAUUUCCAUGGCUUUAAGGAAACGAUAUCCGAAACUUUGUGGCUGGCUUAUAUUAUUCGCAUCGGCUAGAGAGAAAUGUUUAAUUUGCGGCGAGGUUGAACCACGUAAAGGCUUGAAAUUUCGUCGUUGUACAACGCCGGGUUGUCCUUUUGUAUAUUGCGAGGAAUGUUGGAAGGACAUUGGCCAGAUCUGCUAUGCCUGUACCGAUGUUUCCGAUGAUACUGAUUUGGAAGAACCAACGGAUGAGUCAGAGUCAACGGAAUGAAUAAAAAUGAGCCAAAUGUCGUUGAAAACAACCGAGUCGAUACGAUUUCAAGUUUAUGUCUUAUAAAAUCGAAAAGUCAUGUUGGCAUACGAGAUAUCGAAACAUUCCAAUUAGAUUCCAUCCAUUAGAUCCAUUAACAAGGCAGGAAAAUAUUCUACACGUAAACUCCUUUACAACAUUUAUUUCUACAUGGUCUCUUUUUCUUUUUCUUCAGUUUACGAUAUAUACCUACAUAUUGCAUAGAUAAAUGUUAUAUUGUCGAGGAAAAAGAAUGGCGAAAGGAGAGAUACGUUCUAAGAAAUAUUAUCAUUAUUUUAUUUAUUUUUCUAAACGCAUAUCGUGUAUCACGGAUUGCCUAUUUAAUUAUAAAUAUUCAAAUAAGCAGGAAUGAUCACAGAGAGAGAGAG